UCACCACUGCACGUCCAGUGCUGCCAGGGGCUCGAUGAGUCGUGAAGGACUGGAUAGCUGCACCCCAUCCUGGACAAUCUGCGCUGGGAGCCGCUCGUGGGCGGUGAUGGCCACAUGCAGGUAUCGUCGACGAAUUUUCACCACAUUCAGUGCGCCAUCCAGCAGGGGGGAAGCCGCAACGUCCUCUUGGAGGCCUUGGUUGAUUUGUGUCCUGGUCGACGAACUGAUCGCGCACCACCUGCAGACGCCAGCAAACAUUCAAAGAAUGCCGUGACGGGCUCGACAUCGUGCGACAGUGCAGCAGAGCCCACUUGACGUAUUCCUCAAUGUUGUUGAUGAAGUGAAUCUUUGGAGGGCGCACGUCGAAGAGUGUGACGGCAUCAUACCGCUUGUUCUGCACCCGGUCGACAAUGUGGAAUUGCUGGUUGUCAGUCAACUGCCGGUACGGAGGCAGGCGGGCGCGCAUCGCG